AUGCCGGUCCUGUACCUAGCUACCACUAUUAAUCACCUUUGGAUUCUCCCUUGCCAGAACUCUGAGAUCGGGUCUCGAGGUUGCCCUUACAGCCGAGGAAAACAGUACUUGGUCAAAUGGAAGGGAUGGCCGCAUAGCAAAAACACCUGGGAACCAUCACGUCACCUUACCCACACAAAGAAGGUCCUAAGAGAUUGGCAGAGGAAACAAUCAAAUCCAGACACACGCAUUUGCCUCCUGCCAACGCUCGAAGCAGGACACUGGGACUAUCUCAUUCAUCGCUACAAACCCAGGGACGAGCGCCUUCCAUAUCCCCAACGACAACUCUUCGACCCUUACAAGAACGUCUUCCUACCCAUUGGCCUAGUCGAUGAGGACAUCGACCCUAGACAGGGGGUAAUGUCAUAG